AGCUCCAAGAUGAAGCAAAUAAAGGAGGAACUGCAGAAUGAGUCAUUCUGGAGAGCUCUGACUGCAGAAUUCCUGGGUACUGCAGCCUUUGUGUUCUCCAGUGUGGGCUGUGCUCUGUUCUGGGCUGGAAACAAUCCUGGCACUCUGCAGAUAGCUCUGGGUUUUGGCCUGGGAGUGGCCACUGUCUCUGUUUUUACACAAGGCGUGAGUGGGGGUCAUCUCAACCCUGCUGUCAGCUUUGCUUUGUUCCUCAGUCUGCGAAUUAGCCCACUUCGGGCUAUACUCUACAUGGCUAUGCAAGGGCUCGGGGCAAUCACAGCCUGUGCCCUACUGUAUGCACUUACACCACAAGAUAUCCGUGGAGAGCUGGGACUCAACAAGCCUUCUCCAGGAGUUACACAGAUCCAGGCCCUGGGAGUAGAAAUCAUUGUUACCUUCCAGCUUGUCAUGUGUGUAUUAACCAUCUCACACAAGGAAAGCAACUUUGAAGGGUCUGUGCAUGUGGCCCUUGGAGCAUCUGUGACCCUUGGACAUUUAGUGGCAAUUGGAUUUACUGGGUGCAGCAUGAAUCCUGCUCGAUCCUUGGGACCAGCUGUCAUUACAACAAACUUCAGCAAUCAUUGGAUUUUUUGGGUGGGACCCAUGCUCGGAGGAGUCUUGGCUGUGAUCGUGUACAGCUUAUUGUUGAGGCCAAAGAGGAUCAGGUGCAGAGACUGUCUGAAAUUACUGAGCACUGAGCACAAGGGAGAAUUCACCGUGGAGUCAAAACCUUCAACAUAAAGCUUGUUAACAGAGCUGCUGUACUGCAAACCAACCAUGUGGCUAUAACUACACUGCCCGAUGGCAAUAACAUAUGUAAACCUUAACACCUUUUCCACAUCAUUACAUUGUUAAAAUCAGUCACUUAUGUAAAUAAAUAUCAGGUCUUUGAUGUUCUAUGUUGUACAUAUCAAUUUAAGCAUUGAUGAAAAAAGAUGCAUUUUGUCAAAGAGACAGCAAGAACUGCCAAUGCUGGAGAAUCUGAGAUAACACGGUGUGAAGCUGGAUGAACACAGCGGGCCAAGCAGCAUCAGAGGAGUACGAAAGUUUGACAUUUUGGGUCGGGACCCUUCCUACUCAUCUGAUACCGCUUGGCCCGCUGUGUUCACCCAGCUUCACACCAUGUUAUCUCAUUUUGUCAAAGGUUCUUUUCUCUUAUACCAAUCAGGACAAUUUGUGAAAAAUGCAACUUAAAAAGGAAAUAUUUAUACUUAACGACUGGUGAUUGGUUGCCAAAUGGACCCUAGAUGGUAAAGGCCUUGCUGUGGAGAAUGCAUCAGUUAAUGAUGGCUGGUAGUUAAUUGCCAAGCCCUGUUUAAAUUAUUAACAGGGCUUGGUGAUUCUGAUUUGGCAAGGCCUUUUUUUACUGAGAAAGGAAUCAGAAAAUCACUAUUACUUAUUUUGUUGAGUGGAAACAGGUGCAUGUUCUUCCAUCUGCAAACAACAGGGCCUUGUGUAUUACAAAUAUCUUGACAGAUCAGCCUGCCUUGUUUAAAAUGUAAACAAAUUUUGACAGUUAACUACCAGCCAUCAUAUCUCUCAUACAGUAUAAAUGUUUUUUUCCACUUACUUCUGUUUGUCUUACGAAUGUUAUAAUGAGUGCAAGAUCUUUGACAAAAUCUGUCUUUUCUCACCAGUACUCAAGUUCUUUGCUAUCAAACAACUAUUUAUACUAAAUGAAAAUAGAAAUUGCUGGAAAAGCUCAGCAGGUCUGGCAGCAUCUAUGGCGAGAAA